UUGAGUUGUUUAAUUGUUCUUGAUUGAGCGCUUUUAAAGAAAUGGGUAGUCAAGCUAAAAGGAUGCAGUGGUGUGAAGAAUGCAAUCGAAGGGGUAUAAGAAAGAGGCUGAAGUUGCACCAGUUAAACUUUAAAGAAGCCAUGUGGUUGUGUGAGAACAGCCAGUGUGUUUAUCCAUUAAAUCUGCCAAGUAUGAAAGUGAAAAACUUUAUUGUGAAGCAAAAUUUUAUGACCAUCUCGAGAUGUCAGAGAGCACUCGCACUGGCUCCACCCUCGUCUCUGUCCACAGAUCCAGCAUCUAAAGUACUAGAAGGGCCUAGGCAAAUGUACAGCAAACUGGUGACUGACGCUGGUCACCUGACUAAGGUAUCAGUGAGUUUGACGGAGAGAAUGGAGUCAACCGUGGAAUGGCUUAAGACGGUGUGCACGCGCCCGCCAUCUGGUGGUCCCGUUAUCUCGCAGCCGGCUUCACCCUCGUGCGAGCAGCCAGCCAGAAGUACGUUCAAUAGCGUCCUGAGUUCCACCGAUAUGGAAAUGAUAAGCCAUGGGCAGUGCCCGUGUGAUGACAAGGCCUGUCUGCCGUGCAGGCCACAGGCAAGCCGUUGUGAGUCGACUGCACAAGAUGUCGUCACUGAGAAUGCUGCUGAUAUUGAGACGUCUCUUCGGGGGCAACAGGAAACAGGGAGAAGGAUUCACUCAGGAAAACACUCUGCGUUCCAUACUUACGAUUCUCAGAGUAUGAGUAGUCCAAAAAUAGCAGGAUCCCGUGACGAGGCUAGGCAAACUUUUACUGACAAUGAGGUUUUGCUGCUGAAUUGCACUGCAAAUGGAACUGCUGCACCCACGGCUCCAGUGUCAUUACAGAAAUGUAGUAGUGAAGAUGCACUAAGUAAAGUGCCACUUGAGAGUGAUUUAGAUCCGAUACAGCUACAGUUGGAAGCAGGUGUAGAAAUAGUGUCAAACAGUGUGCAGGUUAAUGACAAGGAAUCUACAAGUGAUAAAUAUCGCAUAAAAUCUACAAGGCAAGCCAAAAGGUCCAAAUCGAGCGCAAACGUAGUGAAAGAAGCAAAGCAGCCAUCUGAACUACUCGCUCUCGCAGCACGUUCUCCCGACAAACCCGCGUCUCCCUCGGCGACGGAAACCGAGAGUUCGCCGCGGACAGACGAAGGCUUGGAGCUGCAGUGGUUCUCCGCGGGCAAUCUCAGCUGGUUGUGUGCGGUGCUGAACCUGAUCGUCCACAGCACGAUCAUCUCGCGCUGCGCCCUCGCCCUCAGCGACGACUUCAUCGUGAAGACUCUCGUCGGCGCGUACCAACAAGUGGACGUGCUGAUCGGCCGGCGGAAGCUGGCGGUGGCCAGCGUCGACGACGUCGUCGUGAGCGAAGUCGCGAAGAUGCUGAGCUCGGCGACGGCAGCGACGAUCGCGUAUGUGAGGUCCGAGGACAAGGACAAGGAGGAGGAGGACGAGGAGGAGGAGGACGAUCUGGUCGAGAACUCGCUCGUAAAGCUGCUCGAGUCGCAUCCCUCGCUGGAGCGGCAACUCGCCCACACCAGCCGGUGGCAGUUCGUUUGCGAGAAGUGUGGCCUCAAGCAGUCUAGCAGAACCCAAUGCGUAGUGCAUAAGAUUCCAGGUGUACUCCCAAAAUUCCUGAAUAGGCAGCCAUAUUUCAAGUGCUUUUGCAUAAAGUGUGGUGUGCCCGAGCAAGAGAUGAAGAUGACAUUUAUAGGAUCACCCAGAUGCCUACUACUUGGUUUGGGAGCUGGCAUGGAUUCGUGUGACCCUGGCCACUACACGUUCAGACAGAAUGGCAUUGAUUAUACCUUAGGUGCUAUUGUAACGAGAGAACGUAGCAGCUGUACAACAUGGAUAUUCCAGGAUGGAAGCUGGUUAAAGUGUAAUGGUCGCAACCUGGUAGCUAAGCGUACGACCGUCGCAGACUUUUCUGUUGCCCCUUCAAACGUCUGUCUGGCAGUCUGGGACGGUAACAGCAGCGAGUCCGCAGACGUAAACGUCGGUGCGAAUAGUCUCGCCGACUGUAGAGGUGCCCAGGAGGAUGGCGUCAGCAUUGCUAAGCCCGAGUCCCUCCCCCGCACAUUCAGGAAGCCAGAGGUGCACUUGUUGGCCAAGAGCGCCGUGCCGACGUACGGCCGUGCCGAUGGGACCGGGUCUGCUGCCGGCACGCCGAGGUCAGCGGCGAGCCUCGAGAGCUUCUUGGACGAGGCUUACGAGUCGUGCAGCGACAACUCCGAUUUGCUGAAUGCCGACGGAAAGCAGCAGCAGCAGCAGCAGCGCUUGCCCUGCGUAAACUACGUCGGCGUCCCGCGUCCGACGGCCGGCCCGCCCGCCGUAGAGACGCGGAGUCGUGAUACGUUGCUGACUGCUGUCGCAACGUCUUCCGCCAACUCGUUUGCGCCUAUAACGUGUACGCGAGUCGCACGGGGCCGCGCAGAUUACACACGCAGCGCCAAGGGUGCAGCAGCCACUGUGUGCAGAGUGCCACAGCCGGGUAAGUCUGCUAGUGAAUCGGUCGGACAUGUGCAGCUGAAUUCAUCGCAUAGCAGGCAACGACUGACAUGUACCCCAGCAACUGCGAGCAGGAGUGGUGGAAGCAGCACGUGUUCCAGCCUCAGUUCCCAUGACAGCCAAGGGUUGUCGUUGCCAGUGUCCGGGAGACCUAACCUCAGAACACAGAAAUCAGACGGGGCAGCGAAAAAGUCAAGUGCACAAUCAGUUAGUUCACAGGCCAUUGCCGCAGUUGUCAGUAGGGCCAAUAUUCUCACACGAGGUACCAAGAGAACGAGUUCCGGUAGUGUGUCAUCGUCCACUAGGCAGGCCUGUGGUUCCAACAACCGGAGAGAAGCAAAACGACAGUUUCCGUCUUUCACAGUCAGCCCAGCUGCAAGUGAACGAAGCAGCAGCUCUGACAAGGAUACUGUGGUUCAACUGCUGAGGAGGUUGCAGGAGAAGAGGGUAACAAGGUGCGAAGUCGCAUCGCAGCCAUCGUCCACUCUGUCCUCUAAUCUCACCUUUGAUGAGAACGACAAGCUUAACUACAUGCAGCUUCUGAAGGAGAAGGUGAUUGCCAAGCGAAUGCAAAAUCCUAGCAACACUUUCCAGGGUUACACUCCCAAAGCGGCUCUAAAUGUCAAGACACCAGUUGGUAAGCCAAAGAGAAAAAGAGGACAACCGCCAAAGGGGAGAUCUGUAACUAUUACGCCUACUCAAAUUUGCGGCAGUGGGUCACUAAGGAAAGCAAAUAGUACCCAGGAUGACGCUAGCUGUGCCUCAACUGCUUCGUUGCCAUCUUCUUAUCUACCACCUUUCAAGAAGGCUGACAGCUCUAUUGACGACAUCUUGACGUCCACCAUGGAUGAAGACUCAUCAGCAGCAGACAAGGGGCAGAUAGAGAAGAUCAUGCAGGAAUUAAUGGACAUACCCGGUUUACCAGAUCCUGACGAGGGUGCACAGACGAAGGAAACAAAUGCUCUAACUCACCACUCCACGUUAGCAAGUCAGAGCAACGAGAGUUGCACACAAGCAGUCGGGGUUGAUGGCAGCUGCGACACCGGUAUGGCACAGCUAAGUCAGGAAUUGGCCGAUCUCAUGGAAACUGAUGAACUGGGUACAGUUGACUACAACAGCUUUUCAAUUGAGCCUACAUUUCUCGAUGGACUACUGUGAUAUAGAGUUUAACAAUCACUGCUUUACCAUGUUAUCAUGUCUUGUGGCUGUGAACUAUCAUGUGACCCCUGUGAGAUUUUCUCGUAAUUGAUAAAUUUGUACUUAAUAAUAAUCAUUUAAGUGCUUUUCUUAAUGGUAUAUACUAUUUUCUACUAGUUUCAUACAGCACUUAUACUGUCAUACUGUCAAACCAAAGCAUGUAAAUAAGUGAUCAAGUUACGAGUAGAUAACCAAUGCAAGAUAAUUAAUAAGUUAAGUAAUUGACCUGUAAAAUUACGUUUAGGAUGAUUUUAUGUGGUCGUCCCAAUAGUAUUGGAUAUUAUUGGUAUCGUUCUUAGGCGCUCUCACAAUUAUGUGUUAGUACUCGUUGGCACUAACAAAAUUUUUGUAAGUGAAAGCAAAUUUUUAUUGGCUAUAAUUACUAACAGAAUUUUUGCCUGUGCACUUGAAAUUUGGUUUAAUGAAUCAUUUAAUAUAAUUUACUUGCAACAAACCCAUUAAUGUGUAGAUUCGUGUGUGUGUCAUGACUAGUAGUCACAUGUGUAAUACGUUUUUUCCUAAAAACAAAACAAUGCAGUAAAUGCUCAAUUCUGUUACACCACUGUUUUUCAUGUAAUGCGUUUUCACAUGCAAUGUCUUCAAUGGCAUAGUAGAACAAAUAAAUUAUUUAAA